AUGGGUUCCGCCGAUGCCAAGACCUAUAGCGUCACCUCGAAAGAAGAAUUCUACGGACUCCCAACUUUCCCCGAGGCCGAGGGCAAAAAGUACUCUGUCAUCGUUACCGGCGCCAAUGGCAUUACUGGAGCUCAUAUGCUCCGAGUCCUGGCUGAGGCUCCAGAGCGCUGGGGAACUAUCUAUGCCCUCAGCCGAAAGCCUCCAAGUGUUCGCAUCCCAGGAAAUGUCAAGUACCUGGCCAUUGACUUUCUUGCGUCUCCUGAAGAGAUUGCGCAACAGCUGAAAGAGCAGGUCCCUAAGGUGGAUUAUGUCUUCUUUGCUUCUUACAUUCAGCCCCCCCCGAAGGAAGGCGAGGUGCUUCUUUUGUCCAACUUCCUGUCUGCAUUGACUCAGUCUCAAAAAAUCCCCAAGCGGUUCCUUCUCCAGACAGGUGCUAAGCAUUAUUCCGUUCAUCUUGGGCCCCCUCUGAAUCUAAUGGAGGAGUCAGAUCCUCGUUUCCCUGCCAAAGCUAACUUCUAUUAUCCCCAGGAAGAUCUUCUCUGGAAAUGGUCGCGUGAAAAUGGUGUUGAGUGGAAUGUCACUCGUCCUUUGUUCAUUAUUGGUGCCGUGCCCGAUGCAGCAAUGAACAUUGCCAAUGGACUGGCUCUGUAUGCUGCAAUUCAGAAGGAGCUUGGACAGUUUCUUGAGUUCCCUGGUGACACCUCGGCCUGGGACGCUGAGAAACCCUUGUCAUCUGCGCUUUUAAUCAGCUACCACGCUGAGUGGACGGUUCUCACACCAACCACUGCUAACGAGGCUCUCAAUAUUUCCGAUGGCGGCUCUUUCAGCUACGGCAAGUUUUGGCCUGUGCUUGCUGCUGCUUACGGUAUUCCAUAUAGAACCGCAGAGGUCGAUGACGCCAAGUUUCAGAUUGUCGACAUGCCCAUCUCCCCUCCCCCAAGAGGCUUUGGACCGGCGGGCAGGAUUAGAAUCGCCCGAAGCUUCGAGGCGUGGGCACACAAGCCCGAAGUCAGAAAGGCAUGGGAGACAUUGAAGGCACGACACAAUUUGGCUCCUGAUCCUGAUCCAUUUGACAAGGUGCAAGAUAUCUUUGGCUUGUUGGAUGGUGAAAUUCUUGGACCAUGGGGAAGGAGCUUGAGCAUGAAUAAGAGUCGAAAGCUGGGAUGGAAUGGAUUUAUUGACACUCACGAGUCAAUCUUUAAGACUUUUGAGGAGUUGGCGGCUCUGAAGAUGAUUCCACCUUUCCAGCGACCAAAGGCCAUUGAAGUUAAGUAUUAUGGCUAUUAG